AUGGUGCUCGAAGCUACUAUGAUCGUCAUAGAUAAUUCCGAAUAUAUGCGGAACGGAGAUUAUCUUACGUCUAGAUAUCAGGCCCAAUUAGAUACCGUGGAGCUCAUAUUUCGAAGAAAGACUUCUGCCAAUCCCGAGAGCACGGUCGGAUUACUGACUAUGGCUGGCGAAUCUACUCGUGUCGUAAGCAAUUUGACCAUCGAUUACGGAAAACUCUUGAGUGGUUUACACGAAGCGAAAAUUGGUGGUCAGGUUAACGUCAUCAAUGGUAUCCAGGUGGCAUGUCUAGCAUUGAAGAACAGGCAAAAUAAGAAUCAAAGACAAUGUGUCGUUGUGUUUGUUGGUUCACCAAUCACAGAUGAUGAGGCAUCACUAGAUAAAUUGGCCAAAAGGCUGAAGAAAAACAAUGUGUCGAUUGAUUUUGUCAAUUUCGGCGAGCAGCAGAUCAACACAUCCAAAUUGGAAAAGUUUAUAGCUACAGUGAACAACAACAAUUCAUCUCAUUUGGUGACUGUUCCUCCUGGACCAUAUUUAUUAUAUGAGCAGGUUGACAAAUCGCCUAUUCUAAGAGAUCAGGAUGCAUCCUCCACUGGCGGGGGUCCCGAUGACGCUGGAAGUAGUGGUGCAGGUGGCGAUGAUUUCGGUCUAGAUAAUUCAAACAUGGACCCUGAGUUGGCCUUGGCAAUUAGGUUAUCUUUAGAAGAGGAAAGAACCAGACAGGAGAGGGAAGCUGCUGCAAGUUCUGCUACUGAUAAACUGGAGACCGUAAAGGAGGAUGAGAAGAAGGAACCCACUGAGUCCGCCUCUUCAGAUGCAAAACCUGAUCCCAAGCAAGAUGACUCUACGGAAGAUCCUGAUAAAAUGCAAGAAUAA